GAGAUCUCCCGGGCCGUGUUCGGUAGUGAGACCUCCAGACGUCACCUCAGCCCCGUCCAGCCCCACACCUCCGGCCGGCCGGCCCCGCAACCUAGAUUCCCCGCAAUACGACAUCACUCACGACGGCGAUCACGACGGACAAAUGGGUUGGGCUGAUGUAAACUAAAUGGUUUCACCACGGCAUGUAAAAAUCACCCGCCAUAUUGAUAGCAAAGCUAUGGUCCCAAAACCAACACCAACCUUACCCAGAUUCCACUCAUCUCACCAACAACUCAACAUUUCCAACGUCUUCAUCACUCCAAGUUAACAUCAACACAUCAUCAUCAACAACAACCACCGCCAACAUGUCCACCUCAACACCCCCCGCCCUCUCCGACCCCGACGUCCCAACCCCUCUCUCCCAACCUGGCGAAAACAUGAAGAAACAAAUCAACCUCCUCCGCGGCUGGCCCUCCCCCUACCUCCUUCCCCCCUCCCACCUUCUCUCCGCCACCAACCUCCUCCUCACCUCUCCUCCCCCAGACGAACCCUCAUCCAAAUUUUCUUUUAACGUCCCCGCCCUCCAAUACGGCGCCGACCCAGGCUAUCUUCCCCUCCGACACUCCCUAGCAGCCUGGCUGACCCAAAACUAUACCGCCCACGAGACUUAUCCGUCCCAUGGGUUUCCUACUCUGACAACGGCAGAGCAAAUUUGUAUCACGGGCGGGGCGAGCCAGAACUUGGCGAAUAUUCUGCAGGGGUUUACGGAUCCGGCGUAUACGAGGGCUGUGUGGGCGGUUAGUCCGUGCUAUUUUUUGGCGGUGCCGAUAUUUGAGGAUGCCGGGUUUGCGGUGGGGAAUGGCAAGUUGAAGGGGGUGAGGGAGGAUGAAGAAGGGGUGGAUUUGGAGGAGCUGGAGAGGGGGAUUUUGGAGGUGGAGAUGGGAGGGGGGAAGGAGUGGCCUGGGAAGCCGGUCUACAAAACCCCCGGUCCCGACCGCAAAUGCUACAAACACAUCAUCUACCUUGUCGCCACCUCCGCCAACCCCUCGGGCAUCACCACCUCUCUCGCCCGCCGCCACGCUCUCGUCCAACUGGCCCGCAAAUACGACGCCCUCAUCAUCUCCGACGACGUCUACGACUUUCUCCAAUGGCCCGUCCUCCCCUCUUUCUCUCCCUCCUCAUCCAAAAACCUCUCCUUACCCACCCCCCUCCCCCGCCUCUCCGACAUUGACAUCUCCCUCGGCCCCUCCCUCCACGACCUCUCUCUCUCCGCACACUACACCCGCUCUGCCCCCUCUCCUCCUUCCAGUAUCCCCAACGGAGACGGAGACGGAGACCAAGAAAUGCAACCCCUCUUCCCCACCCGCACAAUCUCCUCCCUCCACUUCGGCCACGCCGUCUCCAACGGCUCCUUCUCCAAGCUUCUAUCGCCCGGCCUCCGCACAGGCUGGACGCACUCCACGCCCGCCUUUGCUCACGGGCUCUCCCAGACGGGAAGCACCCGCUCAGGCGGCGCCCCGUCUCAGUUCUGCGCGGCGCUCAUUCACCAACUUAUCCAGUCUGGCGCGUUAGAUAAGCACUUAAGCGAGGUAGUCCGCCCCGGACUUCAGAAGCGACAUGCAUUGAUGAUGGAAGCAAUCAAGCGCGAAUUGGUGGGGCCGUUGGGGGUGAGAGUGAUUGAGGAUAAUAGGACUGGUGCCGAGAAGGAAAAAAACAGGGAGGGGUUGUUUGGCGGGUACUUUUUGUGGUUGGAGUUGCCGGAGGAGAUGGGGUUCACGGCGAAGGAAGUGGCGGAGCGGGCGCUGGAAGAGGAACGACUGGUGGUUAGUCCGGGGGAGAAUGCGGAGGUGAGUGGGGAGGGAGUACAUGUAGCGAAGGAAGAGAAAGGGGGGAUUAGGUUCCCGAGACAUUUGAGGGUGUGUUUUAGUUGGGAGGAGGAGGAGGAUUUGGUGGAGGGGGUGCAGAGGCUGGGGAGGGUGUUGAGGAGGACGAUGGAGGAGGCAGCGAAGGAGGGGGGGAAGGUAAAGAAGGCCGGGGGGGGAGGGGUUGAAGGCGUUUAAGUGAGGGAUUGAUGGUUUGUUGGGUUGGUUUGGAUAGCGUUGAUUUGGGAAAGUCAAUGAGUACUUGAAUGUGUUACACAUGCGUGUUCUGGUGCAGGUAUCGUCCAUGCCGUGGUCGUUUACCUCGGAAGGGCGAUUCGAAUGCCAAGUCAACUUAAUUGUGGCAGUUCAUGAUACUGCCGUGUACAUAGACUACAACCUAGUCUGGAUUGGUACCCCGAUCUCAUACUUCAACGCGCACUGGGUCAUUCGCCCAGAUCACAUAACAGAGUGAUGCAUCCUCCGGUACAGACAGAUUUAUAGCAGUAAAGUAGAUGGAAUUGGCCAACCUUUGAUCAAGAUCUAAUGCAAUAUGGAAC